ACUGCAAAGUUUAUCAAAUAUGUUGUCAAAAAGAUAUUUUAGUUUCCAAAAGUUGAUUAUUCCUAUUUAAAUAUUCUUUGAUUGUGUUUAGCAUUUCUUGUUGUUACCAAUAUGAAAGAUUUGGAUCUGACUUUAGACUAUAUGGAAAAUGCGCGCUUCAAUUAUAUUUAUGGACCGAUAAUCUCGCACGUAGACUCGCCCUUUACGAGAACGCAGUUACUCUGUAUCUCUAUGGUCUAUCAUAAGUUUGCUCUGCAGAAUGGGCCCAAGGCGAAGUAUAUCACGCUAGUUCAACUGAGCAAAAUAUUGGAGCUAUUGUUCCAUGUAACGGAUCGUGAAAUCAAUAGACGUGUUGUUUCACGUAUUGCCUUUGAUUCGGAAAGUUCGGAUCCAAAAUAUUCGGGCGAACGCCACUGCAGUUUGGCAAGUUUUAUAAAAAUGUUUGCCAUCUACUUUUCGACAAAUCUGGAAAAGAAGAUGCACUUUGUCUUUAGCAUCUAUGAUGAUCGUGAUCGUGGCUAUCUGGAACGCGAUCAAGUCGAUGCAUUUGUGCAAAAGUUUUUCACUGGCGAAGACGAGGAUGAAAUAUUUGAGCUCCGUACUGAUAUGAUUGAAGUGCUCUUUGCUAAAUUCGAUCGGGACAAAAACCUGCUCAUCACGUUCGAAGUAUAUUGCGAUAUUGUGCGAUCGCAGCCGAGUCUUUUGGAAUUUCUGGGCGAAGUAUUUCCCUCAGAAAUGCAAUUGAAUACUGUGCGAUUGUGCGUGAACGUUUCUUCGUGAUCGGCUGAUAUUAUACGAGUUCCGUGAUGAGGUGCAAAAACUGCUCAAGUUCUAGCUGUAAUUGAAACUCGUACAACUCCAACUCGAGCACCUUUUGCAUCGUAUCACUCAAUUCUAUAACGGAUUUGAUCUAAAAAUAAAAAUUAUUGGGCGAAUUUGUUACCAUAUGGUUGA